AUGGCACCGACAGGUGAGGUGGUAUUCGGUGGCGAGACGCCGGUUUGCGCUGAAAAUCGCUUGCGCUGGGAUCUGAAACCGGAUCAGAUACACAAACUUGCCGACGAGCUCAUAGCAAAAACGAAAAGUGUGUACGACACGGUGGGGGCUUUGGACCUGGACAGCGUCACCUAUGAAAACACACUGAAAGCCCUUGCCGAUGUAGAGGUGGAAUACACAGUGCAGCGGAACAUGCUGGAUUUCCCCCAGCACGUGUCCCCGUGUAAGGAGGUGCGCACGGCCAGCACCGACGCCGAUAAGAAACUGUCGGAGUUCGAUGUUGAGAUGAGCAUGAGGGAGGAUGUGUACCAGCGCAUCGUCGCUCUGCAGGAGAAGCUGGAUGACAACGCUCUGAGUCCUGAGGCGAAGAGGUACAUGGAGAGACUGAUCAAACUGGGCCAGAGAAACGGCCUACACCUCCCCCCAGAAACGCAGGAGGAGAUCAAAAAAAUCAAGAAGAAGCUGAGCACUCUGUGUAUUGAUUUCAACAAGCACCUGAACGAGGACACCACCAGUCUGGCCUUCAGCCGAGAGGAGCUGGGAGGCCUCCCUGAGGAUUUCCUCAACUCUCUGGAGAAAGAUGAGACGGGAAAACUCAAGAUCACUCUGAAAUAUCCCCACUACUUCCCCACCAUGAAGAAAUGUUACGUCCCCGAGACACGGAAAAGACUGGAAGAGGCCUUCAACUCCCGCUGUAAAGAGGAAAACUCGGCUAUUCUGAAGGAGCUGGUCCAGCUGCGUUCCCAGAAGAGCGCUCUCCUGGGCUUUAACACUCACGCCGACUUUGUUUUGGAGAUGAACAUGGCCAAGUCAUCCAAGAAGGUUUCCUCAUUCCUCGAGGAGCUGGCGCGCAAGCUGAAGCCUCUGGGUGAGGAGGAGCGUGCAGUCAUCCUCAAACUGAAGGAGAAGGAGAGUCAGAAGAGGAACCUGCCCUUUAACGGGGAGCUGUGUGCCUGGGACACGCGUUACUACAUGACUCAGGUGGAGGAGACGCAGUACGCCGUGGACCAGAACCUCCUGAAGGAGUAUUUUCCCAUGGAGGUGGUGACUCAGGGCCUGCUGGACCUCUACCAGGAGCUGCUCGGCCUGUCCUUCCAGCUGGUGGAGGGCGCCCCCGUGUGGCACGAUGACGUCACACUCUACUGCGUCAAAGAUCGCAGCUCUGGACAGGUGGUGGGGCAGUUCUACCUGGACCUCUUCCCUAGGGAGGGAAAAUAUGGCCAUGCGGCGUGUUUCGGACUGCAGCCUGGUUGUCUGCUCUCUGACGGACGCAGGCAGAUGGCGGUGGCUGCCAUGGUAGCGAACUUCAGCAAACCCACGGCCGACGCCCCGUCUCUGCUCCAGCACGACGAGGUGGAGACCUAUUUCCACGAGUUUGGCCACGUCAUGCACCAGCUCUGUGCCCAGGCUAAUUUUGCCAUGUUCAGUGGGACUCAUGUGGAGAGGGACUUUGUUGAGGCUCCGUCUCAGAUGUUGGAAAACUGGGUUUGGGAGAAGGAGCCGCUGCAGCGCAUGUCCAAGCAUUACAAAAGCGGAGAACCCAUCCCCGAGGAACUACUGGACAAACUCAUCAAAUCCAGACUGGCCAACACAGGUCUGUUUAACCUGCGUCAGAUAGUUCUGGCCAAAGUGGACCAGGCGCUGCACACUAAGACCAGAGUGGACCCAGCCGAGGAAUACGCCAGACUCUGCCUGGAGGUUCUGGGGGUGCCCGCUUCAGCAGGCACCAACAUGCCGGCCACGUUUGGACACCUCGCGGGAGGUUAUGACGCCCAGUAUUACGGUUACCUGUGGAGUGAAGUUUUCUCUAUGGAUAUGUUCUACGCCCGCUUCAAACAGGAAGGCGUCAUGAACCCCAAGGUGGGUCUGGACUACAGGAGCUGUAUUCUGAAGCCGGGCGGUUCGGAGGACGCGUCUGAGAUGCUGAGGAACUUCCUGGGCCGGGAGCCGAGGCAGGAGGCGUUCCUGCUGAGUAAGGGUCUGAGCGUGGAGCUGGAGUCGGGAACGCCGUGCGCCUGCUGAACCCGCCGCUUCCUCAGAGCCGCACACCUCGCGCUGGAGUAUUACACAACGGACACUGGGACUGGUUUUCACACCAAUUUUGUAAUAGAAUUUCAAACGGUUCUCUCAUAGUCACAGAAGCACACACUAAA